AUGACUAACCGUGUGUAAUCCCGUGCACUUACCAUGUCUGAGAAGGUGAGCAGUGCUUUGGCUCAGCUGCAUGCCCAUGCACUGGCGUCAACCAAUGAGGUAAACUGCCAGCUGCAGCCAGCGUCGUCAAAUGCAUCCAAGGAUGCGACGUUGCAGUUCGAUACGGAUGCACCGGCUGCGGCAAUCAGUGCGCAAUUAAGUUUUAAAAUUGUGCCAGUUGAUAGCUUGGGCGGACUUAACUUGAGCCUGGGCAGCAGCUACCAGGAAAUGUUUGCCCCGAUGAACACAUCACAAAUCUCAAAUGCCUCCACAGAGUCCAGUUGUAGUCCACCAGCAGCAGGAGCACCACCACCCAAGCCAAGCAGGCACAUAGCGGUGCAGCCAUUAAAUAGCAAAUCUUGUCGCUUUCCCAAGCUGGAGGAGUGCGCACACUUCCAUUACGAGCGUGUACAGCUGGGAGCGCUCUUGGUCCAGCUGUUGGAUGAUAAGUCGGAGCAACUGGGCAGCAGCAUUGCUUCCCAAUCGAUUGGCGGAGAAUUGGCUCAUAGUUCGUUGCGUUCGUCGGGUUUCUCGCCGGAGAGCUGUUGGUUCAUAAUACGUGUCUCUCCGCAACGCUAUGAACCGUUCCUGAUCAAGCGCAGUUAUGAGAACAUGCAAAUGCUGGACGAGAUGCUGCAUCGUUGUGUUUACGAUCGCAAAAUUAGCGGAUUACGCAACAUGUGCGAACUGGAGGCAGAAUCAGAGCUGCAAAGCGAACAAGAGGUAGAAUAUGCAGUGGCCAAGUAUCUUGAACGCUUCUCCAAGAUUGCGUCCGAUUCGCUUACAUGCGGCACCAUACUCACCUGGCUGCAGUUGGACAAUAAGGGACGCCGUCUUCCACUCGCCGAUGGUGAAACUCAGCGUACGAUUAAUACGCCAGCUGUGGGAGCGGCAUACGGAGUGAGACGAUAUCAGGCGCAGGCGCCGGACGAGAUUAACAUUGAGGUGGGCGAUAUGAUAUCAGUGAUUGAUAUGCCUAGUCCAGCAGAAUCAAUUUGGUGGCGUGGCAAGAAAUCCCAUCUGCAAAAGUCUCUCUACGAGGUCGGAUUCUUUCCACAAUCGUGUGUGGCCACAAUUGGUGAUAAGGUGCCACGAAAUUUCCCCAUGCCUGCUCCAUUGGUUGGCCACCUGGAUGCCUCCCCCACCAAGCCGGUGCUGCGCAAGCAUGGCAAAUUAAUUGCCUUCUUUCGCUCCUUUAUAUUAUCACGUCCAUCGCGGCGACGUCUCAAACAGAGCGGCAUCUAUAGGGAGCGUGUGUUCUCCUGUGAUCUAUCGGAGCAUUUGCUAAACAGCGGUCAGGAUAUACCCAUGGUGCUGAGAUCCUGUGCCGAAUUUAUUGAGAAUUAUGGCGUUAUCGAUGGCAUUUAUCGUCUAUCGGGCAUCACAUCAAACAUUCAGCGACUGCGUCGCGCCUUCGACGAGGAGCGUGUACCGGAUCUCGGUAAUCCAGAAAUGAAGCAGGAUAUUCAUGCAGUUAGUUCACUGCUGAAAAUGUACUUCCGUGAGCUGCCUAAUCCCCUUUGCACCUAUCAACUGUACGACAACUUUGUGGAGGCUAUUCAGGUGAAGGCAGACGAAACCGACGAACGGCUGCGACUAAUGAAGGAGACGGUACUGAAGCUGCCACCUCCCCACUAUCGCACGUUGAAAUACUUGUCGGAGCACUUGCAUAAGGUUUCGCAGCAUCAUGAACGCACCGGGAUGACGGACAAGAAUUUGGCCAUUGUUUGGGCGCCCAAUUUGUUGCGAUCACCGGCACUGGAGUCUGGAGGCGUGGCAGCGUUGCGUGGCGUGGGCGUACAAGCUGUGGUCACCGAGUACCUGAUACGCAACUGUCACAACAUCUUUGAUGCGCUCGAGGAUCACAAUGCACGUCUCAGUAUUGUGGGCAAUUCUUUGGCGCCAGCUCCGCCAGCUGGUGAGUUGCGUCUGGAGUCGCUUACCGAUUGCGAGAGUCUACUGGUGGAGCAGCGUGAACAGGAUCAAUCACUAGUGUUGGUGGAGCGUCCGAAGAGCCUUAGCACGGGCGGUGCCAAGCUAAUAAGCCUGGAGGAGGCACAGGAGCGUCACUCGCGCAUCGAAUCCAGCAGUGAUUUGAAGCAAUCGCUACCAAUCAACAUGUUGAGCAGUGGCAACCACAAUCACAGCAGCAACAACAGUAGCAGCAAUGCUCCCUCCAACAUUGGCUCCUAUAUUGAGGUCGGCGGCGGACCAUCCAGUCUGCCGGAUAAGUAUCAUACGGUGUUAUCGGUGCCACGCAGCUGGCAGAAACGCAAGCCGGACAAGACGCCCUCUUGGAAGAGUAUAUUCUCACGGGGCCAGCGCCAAGCCAAUGAACCCGGUCACAAGCUAACUAUCGAUGGCGCCACAAGGGAACCAAGUGGCACGUCGCGCGUCAGCUUCGUCCAGAUAUCCCACGUGAACGCCAGCAAGGAGCUGUCGAAGCACGACAAACCCAAGUCUAUCGAAUUGCUGGAGACAACACGAGAUGCACGUGAUGCGGCCCUAGGCAGCAAGCCCAUGGAGCUGUGCAUACGUUCCAACUCUAUUGACAGUCUACGUACUGUGGGUCACUCGAGGAGCGUGUCGCAUGAUUCGUACUUUGAUCUGUUGCAGUCACCGCAGCGCGGCCACAUGACCACCUGUCCAUCGCGAGAACUGUCCGAGCUGGGGCUCAACUUUGAUCGUGAGGAGCCCGAGAUGCGCAUUUUCUCGGAGAGCGAGUCUUUGGUCAGUUCACCGCGCGUGGGCAAGGAGAAUAUGCCGCCUGCCUCUGGCUGUGCCACACGACGCAUAAUGCGCGCUCGUCCCGAGGAGUUCUCCAGCCAGACGAACAGCGUCAAUCCCAGCCCGAAGAAACAGCCUCGUCUCAAUCUGCUGUCGCCCAGUGCGGCACGUCAGCUGCCCGUUAAUCCAUGUGGCCAUGAGCCGGCCGGUGCCGAGAACUGUUGCAAGCGCUACAAGCUGGAGGAUCAGCUCUCGGAUAUUCAGUUCAUUGACUGCGGUACACCGGAGCAUCCGUUGCCUGCGCAACAGCAAUUCGCCAGCGUUGAGGUGCAUCCGCCGCCAAAGCCAGCACGUGCUGGAGUCCAGCCAACAGACGGAUGCGGAGCUAGAGACGCGGCAGCUGGAGCUGGAGCUGCACGCUAUAGCUAUCCUUCGGUGCAGCUGGGUGCCAAGCGAAAGGAACAGUUGGCGGCCAAGGAGCGUUUCAGCUACCAGGGCACCUUCACACAGCCGGCUAGUAAGCAGGAGUCCAGGUCGCACAUACCUAAUGGAAAUGGGUGUGGAAAUGGCACUGGGACAGGAACUGUCAAUGGGAACGCGACGCUUAGGAGCAAAACACGUGUGGAGAUAUGCACCGAGGAUCAGGCGUCAGUCAAGUUGUCUGUGGCCACGCCCACAACGCCAGCGAAUAGUCCACGCUAUUCGCUACUGCUGUGCGACACGGAGAGCUCGGAGAACAGCUCAGCUGUGAAUACACCACAAUAUGAUAUGGAACCAUUGAUGAUGACCUCCGCCAUGUCGGGCAUUUCGGGAGUCUCCUCCAAUAUGCAACAGCAGCAGCAGCUGUUGUUGGGCGUCGACGCAUCCAGCAGUUAUUUGGGCAGCUCUCACGAGAGUUUGGGUCAGCAUUUCAAUCAUCUGCAAGAUGUGGAGCAACGCGAUAUGCAUGCAUUGAAGCGCGAGCUAUCAUUAGAUUUGCAGCCAGUGCAACAACGUCUGCCACAGGCAGCGAAUCGUGCCGCAACGCUGCCAAUAAAGGAUCAGCUGCAGGCCAGCUCGCCCAACAAUUCCAACUUUACGGACAACACUAGUCAAUCGGUGACGCCCAGUGAGUUUGGCUAUCAGCAUCUGCAGCGACAGCUGAGCAUGCACUCGCUGCUGGCAACAGAGGACAGCUCGCCGCUCUAUGAGGACUUUGAACAGACGCCGAGUAAUACACUGACACCGCAAAAGCUCCAGCCGCCAACUAUCAGUAGCCCCAUUAAGUCAACCAUUAGCAUUACGUACAAGUCGCCGGAAAAGGAGAAACCGCCGUCUAAGCCAGCCCUGUUGCUGGAGACCAACUUUGAUGAGCAUAUUGUCUACGAGCAGGUGAAACUCUUUCGCAAUUCGGUUACCGAGGUGAAUCAAUUAUUAAACGAGCGACACAAUCAGAGUCUCAAUCAAAUUGAGGAGGAGGAACAACAGCAACAUCAGCCGGAUGACGGUGCCAGACGUGCGGCAGAGAUGACUCAACAGCUUCUGGAGUUGGAGCGGGAUCAGGAGCGAGAUCAGGAACAGUUACUCUAUGAGAAUAUUGAGCUACGCAAGCCAAAAACGGUUUAUGAGAAUCUACUUGGCGAGGAGAUGAAACUCAAUACAAAUGAACUUGAACUGGAAUUGGAUAUAAAUUUGGAUUUGGAGUCAGCACCGAAACAGCCAAGUUGUGAUAGAAUUGAACUAGACAGCCUGGACAGUUUGCCAAGCACCGAUCACAUAAACAUGGCAGACGAACAGUCCAGCAAAUCGCCAUCUUUCAGCGUCAAGGAGUUGGCCAAUAAAUUUGAGAGCUCGCCCGUUGAGCAGUUGCCCAUGUUUGACUUCAGCCAACGCGGUGGCUCGAUGAAGAAACCCAAUGAGCUGAGCUUGCCCAUACCAACAGCUCCAAAGCCAGUGAUGCCAGCGCCAGUGCCUCUCAAGAAACUCAAUAAUGCACAAAAGAUAACUCGCUCAUUGGAUGAGAAUGCAUUUGUUCGCGAAUUUGGAGGUAAACAGCUGCAGGAUUUGGCCGCCUGUAAGCUACCCGAAUUGCCGGAGCUAAACAAUCGACGAAAGAGCUUUGAUUUUACGCGUCCAAAGACAUUGAAUCCGCCCAAGCGUCUGCCGGGCAUGAGUAUCACCGAGGAGAUAUGCCAGAAACGUGCCGGGGAACCGGAGCAACUGCUUAUCACGACGCCCACGACAGAGAAUCGCAUCUCGUUGAUACAGCAAAAUAAUGUGCCGCGUGAUCAGCAAUCGCAGACACUUAAUCUACAAGCUGGCGGACGCAAGAGCGUCUUAACUGGCGUCAUUCUUGAUCGCGAACGCAUCGAUAAGAUCAAGGAGGAGCGUCGCCAGCAGCUGACACAGAAAUACUAUGGUGACACACUGAAAUCACGCUCCAAGACGGAACUAAACACCGAAGAGAACAAUUUUCAGGGGUCCGAUUCUUUGCGCAUCAAGUCCAAGUCACGUGGCGAUAUGAAUUCUCUGCAAAAGGACAUGGACAUGAAUCUCAAGCAGCUGACACGCGCAGGUGCCGGAUCCGGAUCCGAAAGCACAUUGCAUCGUACUAGAGAUUUUGAAAUCCAACGGGUGCGCAGCAUUUCCGAUGAAAAAAAUCAAAAUUGUGAUAGUACCAGCAAUGGGGCGACCACUAUCAAUCCACCGAUGCACAGUGUCAAAACAGCUGCCCAGAAAUAUGCGGCAAACAAUGCGACAAUCAUAACAACAUCUACGGCUACUGCGUCUGGAAAAUUCGAGCGUGGUAUCGGACGUGAACGCCUCUCUAGAAACUCGAUACCCCACACAACAACCACAGACAGCAAUGCGAGCGUAAACAACAGAGAAAAGAUCUCACCACAAUUCUCAAUACGCGAUGUGACAGCGAUGUUCGAAUCUCGUUCACAAAAUCAAUAGGCUUAGUCAAAUUUCCAACUACAACAUCGAAUACAAUAACAACAAUAAAAUAAAAGAGGAAGAAAAAAUAAGAACAAGAGGAGUAUGAGGAUCGAUCGCGUUAUAUAAUUUAUUUAGUUUUUAAAUUCUAUACAUUAAGCGCAUGGAUAUACAGACAGGAGCAUGUAUAUGGACAUACAUAUGUAACUAUACUCGUAUAUAUAUAUAUUGGAUACUGGACCAAGCGGUUCCAAAGACAUGAAGCAGAUUAACGCCGCUGGAUGGAGGAUGCAUCCGAUGGAUCAGCAAAAUUAAAUUUUGUUUUUAAGUGGAAUUUCGAGAAAAUCAUGACUAAAAGACCCAGCGCCAAAUGCAUAUUGUUAUUGCAUUGGGCGAUUUUAGGCGUUAAGUUUAAUUCGUUUAUUUGUACAUUUUAUUGCAAAGCAUUGCUCUUGACUUGCUUUCGCUUUUGUUUACUCACGUAAUUUGUUUCUGCGUACUUUGUUUGUUUUAUUUUGCAAUUGAAAAA